AUCCCGGCCACCUCUCCCAGCAGGCAGGGACCGGCAGCUCUGCUCCACUGGGACUCAGCACCAUGAAGCUUUUCACGGGCCUCAUCUUCUGCUCCUUGGUCCUGGGUGUCAGCAGCGAAUGGUAUUCGUUCUUUAGCGAGGCUGCUCAAGGGGCUUGGGACAUGUGGAGAGCGUACUCUGACAUGAGAGAAGCCAAUUACAUAGAUGCAGACAAAUACUUCCACGCCCGGGGGAACUAUGAUGCCGCACAGAGGGGACCUGGGGGCGCUUGGGCGGCCAAAGUGAUCAGCGACGCCAGAGAGAAUUCUCAGAGAGUCACAGACUUUUUCAGGCACGGAAGCAGCGGCCACGGAGCAGAGGACUCGAAGGCUGACCAGGCCGCCAAUGAAUGGGGCCGGAGCGGCAAAGACCCCAACCACUUUCGACCUGCUGGCCUGCCUGACAAGUACUGAGCUUCCUCUUUGCUCUGCACUCAGGAGAGGGGUGGGAGCCCUCUGAGGGCAGGGACACUUGGUCAUUGAGUUCUCUGUCCACAGAGGCUGAUGGAGGGCACCUGACAGGUGUCUAAUAAAUGCUUAAGGGACUGUU